UUUAUAUAUGUUUGUAAACAAAAUUGAAGGAGAAGAAAGAAAUUUUCAAAGCAAAUGGAUACUGCUGGUUCUAUCUCCUUCAAGAGCUAUAGUAAAGUAGAUGAACAUGCAGAGGAAUCAUUUCGCCGGAGAACCCGUAAACGGUUCAUUAUCAUCGCCGUCUCCACCUUCAUGUUGCUCAUAAUCAUCGUCGGUGCGUUGGUAGGCACUUUAGCGCCAAUGAACAACAAAAAAUCCAGAGAUAAAGAUCUGUCUUCUCAAACAGAGUCCAUUAGAGCUGUGUGCAAUGUUACAAGGUAUCCUGAUUCCUGCUAUUCGAGCAUGUCUUCUGCUCUCAGACCCUCUUCCAAUGUUAGCGAUCCUCGUAAUCCUGACCUAGAAAUCCACAAGUUGUUUUUGUUGUCUCUGAAGAUCGCACUCAAUGAGAUCAUGAGCCUAUCUUCUUUGCCUUCAAGGAUCAUUUCCUCUCAAAGGUAUAGCAAUGAGACUAAUGAUCCACUAGUGCUGUCUGCAUUGCAUGCAUGCGAGACACUCUUCGAGGACGCCAUUUAUCACAUAAAAGAAUGCAUAUCAUCCAUUGCAGUGCAUCAGGAAGACAAGAUCAUGUUGGACGAUAUCAGGACUUGGCUAAGCACAGCCGUAACGGAUCAGGAAACGUGCAUAGAUGGGUUAAAGGAUACAGGGAAGCAACUGAUCUUAACAGAUGAAGUGAGAUAUGCUAUGAUCAACUCCACAAUGUUCGCCAGUAACAGCUUGGCGAUUGCUUCCAAAUUAUUGACCGUUCUUGAUGAUCUCCACAUACCAAUUCAUCGAAAGCUUUUAAGGGUUCUCGAUGAGCAUAGCCAUGUUGAUGAUGGAUUUCCGACGUGGAUUCACGUCGGCGACAGGAGACUGCUCCUGGAGGAGAAACCCAAGCCCAAUGUAACAGUAGCAUGGGAUGGAAGUGGAGAUUUUAAGAGUAUAAGCGAGGCAAUGGAAUCCAUUCCUAAGAAGAGCAAGUCAAGAUUUGUUAUUUACGUAAAAGAAGGUUUAUACUUGGGGAAUGUGACAAUAAGCAAGGAUUAUUGGAACGUCAUGAUUUAUGGUGAUGGAAUGAAUAAAACCAUUGUCUCCGCCAGCCAAAACGCCGUGGACGGCGUGUCCACUUUCUUCUCCGGCACUUGCAUUGCUGCUGGAAGAGGGUUCAUUGCGAAGGACAUAGGCUUCCAGAACACAGCAGGUCCCCAAAAGGAGCAAGCAGUAGCGCUACGAUCGUCGUCAGAUCAAUCCAUCUUCUAUCGUUGCUCCUUCGACGCAUUUCAGGACACACUCUACACACAUUCAAAUCGCCAAUUCUACCGAGAUUGCCAAAUCAGAGGGACGAUAGACUUCAUCUUUGGAAAUGCAGCAGUGGUUUUCCAAAACUGUAGCAUACAACCAAGGCAACCAAUGCCACGCCAAUUCAAUACCAUCACUGCUCAAAGCAAAUCUGACCCAAAUCAGAACACAGGCAUGUCAAUCCAACGGUGUCGAAUGGAUCCUUUUGACAACCUCACAGCUCCCACAUAUCUUGGAAGGCCCUGGAGAGACUAUGCAACUACAGUAAUAAUGCAAUCUUACAUCGGAGGAUUCUUGGAUCCAGCGGGAUGGGCAGAGUGGGAGGCGAAUGUGAGUAGUGUAUUCUAUGCAGAGUUUGAAAAUUUUGGAGCUGGAUCAUUGACAAAUAGAAGAGUGCGAUGGCCUGGUGUCAGGCUUAAUAUUACUUCUGAAGUGGCCCAGGAAUUCACUGUGGAGGCUUUCAUUCAUGGAAGCCGGUGGCUGCCACAAGCCCAUGUAAUAUAUGAUGGAACACUGUAAUAUUUUUGCACAAUUGAAAUUCAUCUUUCAUAUAAAAAUGAUGUAGAUAAUUUAGAA